CUCAUUUAUUACAUUAUUUCAGUGCUAGUAAUACUAUCAACUAUUAUUACUGUCCAAGGUCCAUUUAUCUCCAUUAGUUGAAGCACCAUCAUUUUACAUAUAAUAUAAAGUACCACAAGUGCUACAAAUUACUCUCCAUCUUGUUCAUUAUUUCUUCUCCAUUUCUUCAAUGGGUCGAUCUCCAUGCUGUGAUAAAAUUGGGCUGAAAAAAGGACCUUGGACACCUGAAGAAGAUCAAAAACUCUUAGCAUAUAUCGAAGAGCAUGGCCAUGGUAGCUGGCGCGCAUUACCUGCCAAAGCUGGCCUUCAAAGAUGUGGAAAGAGUUGCAGGCUCAGGUGGACUAAUUACCUAAGGCCUGAUAUCAAGAGAGGGAAAUUCACUUUACAAGAAGAACAAACCAUCAUUCAACUUCAUGCUCUCUUAGGGAAUAGGUGGUCGGCCAUAGCCACUCAUUUACCCAAACGAACAGAUAACGAGAUCAAGAAUUAUUGGAACACGCAUCUUAAGAAACGGCUAGUGAAAAUGGGCAUUGACCCGGUGACCCACAAGCCCAAGAACGAUGCCCUCUUGUCCAAUGACGGUCAGUCCAAAAAUGCUGCUAAUCUUAGCCACAUGGCACAAUGGGAAAGUGCCCGCCUCGAAGCUGAAGCAAGACUCGCUAGACAAUCAAAACUCCGGUCCAAUAGUUUCCAAAAUUCAAUCACUUCUCAAGAAUUUACUGCCCCUUCACCUUCUAGUCCACUCAGCAAACCCGUUGUGGGCCCCCCGCGAUGUCUCGACGUGCUGAAAGCCUGGAACGGUGUUUGGACCAAACCAAUGAAUGAAGUUCCUGUCUCGAGUGCUAGUGCUAAUAUUUCAGUCGCUGGACUCGCUAGGGAUUUGGAAUCACCUACUUCUACACUAGGCUAUUUUGAAAAUGCGCAACAUAUUGCCACGUCAGGGAUUGGAGGAAAUUCUACAGUUUUGUAUGAAUUUGUUGGCAAUUCAUCAGGGUCAAGUGAAGGUCCAAUAAUGAAUAAUGAAGAAAGUGAAGAAGAUUGGAAGGGAUUUGGUAACUCAUCAACUGGACAUUUACCUGAAUAUAAUAAAGAUGGGAUUAAUGAAAAUUCAAUUUCAUUUACAUCAGGACUACAAGAUAUGACUCUGCCAAUGGACAAUACAUGGACAGCAGAGUCACUAAGGUCAAACACAGAGCAAAUUUCCCCUGGAAAUUUUGUGGAAACAUUUACUGAUCUAUUGCUUAGCAAUUCGGGCGACGGGGAUUUAUCCGAAGGCGGUGGCACGGAAUCCGAUAACGGUGGGGAAGGUGGUGGCAGUGGAAAUGCUAGUGAGCACUGUGAAGAUAACAAGAAUUAUUGGAAUAGUAUUUUUAACUUAGUGAAUAAUUCCUCCCCCUCAGAUUCGGCUAUGUUCUAGUUAGUUUUUUUUUUUUUUUUUUUUAAAUAGUGGAUUUGAGCUAAUAAUUCCUUAAUGUUCAUGUGUGUGUUACAGCAAAUGACUAAUGUGGUGUGAAAUUUACAGGUGAGUAGAAAAAACACAAUGUGUAGAUUUUAGGGAGACUAUUCCUUUUCUUUGAUCUCAUGUUCACUGUCUUAUCUUCAUAGCUAAUUAAGUGUGCUGGCUCAAUCAAUUCAACACCCAACUGAUCCAUUUUCUCUUUCCA